AAAAAAAUCAAAAUAAAUUAAAAUAAAAAUCUUCUCGGACAAAAGAAAAACCCCCAGUAAAACCUCAGCUUUCAUCGACAGCCAUAGCUACAAGAUAAAGCUUUUCAGCAUAUACUCUCUUCUCAAUUUCUAGGGUUUUUCAGCAUAUUCUUUUUUUAAUCACUUUCUCUUUCUCCUGUUAUCCUCAAAAUGGCAGCUUUAUCUCUUCAUAAUUUCAAUCAUUUGGUUUCAAUUCUCUCUUCUCCUUCUUCUUCUUCCUUCUGGAAUUUGAGUUUUGCUUUCAACAAUGAAGUCAGAUUCAAGAAAGGGAAGUUUUUGGUGUUUUUAUCAACUCACUCAAAUCCCAAAAUUCUCAAGUCUAAUAAGAAGUCAAGGUUUGGUCAAAGGAUUACUCCUUAUGAUACUGAUCAGGAAGAGGAGGAAGAUGAAGAUGAAGAAUUUGAUGACAAUGAUGAUGGCAUGGCUGGAGAUGAUUGGUUGAUGAAUGAUGACUUUGCUCAACCGCAUGAAUAUGUUGUUAACGGCAAGAAAAUUAAAUCGCGCAAGGGAAGUGGUAGAGAAGGAAACAGAAGACUGCAAGAACAACGCAAAGGCUCAAAAGCCUUAAAAUCAAGACAAGGUCUUAUCAUUUCUGAAGACCAAAUGGAUGUCAGACAUGGUAAUGAUGGUCUAAAGAGGAAAAGUGUAGGGAAUUCUUAUCGUAGUUCUACCAAAACGAAGGAAGCUGGUUCCUUUGACGUAGAUGGAGGAAGAAUGCUGGUGUCAAAGACAUCUAGAGAAAACCGAUAUCAACGGCUGUCAGAUGAAAUUGAUUUGGAUGAGAAAUGGUUCCCCCUUCUUGAUUAUCUAAGUACUUUUGGGCUUAAAGAUACACACUUUAUCCAAAUGUAUGAGAGACACAUGCCUUCACUUCAAAUCAACGUGUGUUCAGCUCAGGAAAGGUUGGACUACUUGUUGAGUGUUGGUGUGAAACAAAGAGAUGUUAGAAGAAUACUUUUGAGACAACCACAAAUUCUAGAAUACACAGUGGAGAACAACUUGAAGUCUCAUGUAGCUUUCCUAAUGAGCCUGGAGAUUCCAAGUUCUAGAAUAGGGCAGAUAAUUGCGUGUGCACCUUCUCUGUUUUCAUACAGUGUUGAAAAUUCAUUAAAACCAACAGUGAGAUACUUGAUUGAGGAGGUUGGUAUUAAUGAACAUGAUUUAGGUAAAGUUGUGCAGCUAAGCCCUCAGAUUCUUGUUCAACGGAUUGACAUAUCGUGGAAUACUCGCUAUAUGUUUCUCUCAAAGGAGUUAGGAGCACCCAGAGAUAGUAUUGUGAAGAUGGUAAAGAAACAUCCCCAGCUUCUUCAUUACAGCAUUGAUGACGGAUUACUACCCAGAAUAAAUUUCCUAAGGAGCAUUGGGAUGCGUAAUUCUGAUAUCUUGAAAGUCUUGACUAGUCUUACACAGGUGUUAUCUCUGUCUCUGGAGGACAAUCUAAAGCCUAAGUACCUGUACUUGAUCAAUGAACUGAAUAAUGAGGUGCAUUCUUUGACAAAAUAUCCUAUGUACUUGAGCCUGUCACUAGAUCAGAGAAUUCGACCCCGCCAUCGGUUCUUGGUUUCCCUAAAGAAAGCUCCAAAGGGGCCAUUUCCACUCGGUUCAUUGGUCCCUUCUGAUGAAUGCUUUUGCCAGCAGUGGGCUGGAACUAGUUUAGAUAAAUAUUUGGCAUUUCGUCAAAGGUUACUACUCAAAGAAUUCGCAAAGAAAUAUGAGAAGUAGUGAUAAGCUUCAAAAGCUUCCUUCCUAAUACUAGAAUAGCAGAUUGGUAUCCUGUCCACUUCAAGCUAUCUAGUAUUGUAGCUCUCUAACACUACUCCAAGGUUUUGGAAUGAUACCUGUGACUACAAUUUACCAUAGCCUUUGGAGUGAUGAAGGAAGUCUGAAAGUGAGGAUUUCGAGUGAAAUUCUGAUUUUAACUCUCUACUCAUCUAUGGUAACUGGCUCUGGUACCUCAGGAAUUCUAAAUCAGUUGGUCUUUUGUUGUGCAUUUAAUGUACUUUUACAGAGUUUACAUUGCAAAAUCUUUGCAACAGUUUCUUCUAGUCCAAGGCUAGCAGAUGAGAGAUUAUACUAACUAUGGUAACAAGAGAGGAGAAUUAACUCAAAACAACCUUUCAAGUUUAAGGCUGACAUACUGACUGUAGUUAAGAGGAGAAUUCCAGAAACAAGUUGCAGUUAUCCUGGUGAUACUUGCAGGGACUUUCCUUUUCUGUUUACAUUUUAUUAAUGAUACACUCUCCAUUUCCAUUCAAAUCCUUCUGUACAUUAUAUCAAUAUUGUCUAUCAUAGUGGAUUCCACUGUGAUUGAAUGGGUGAAUGGCAUAAUCGUAAUAUAUAUAUCAAUCAUUUCUUUUUCUUACUAAACUUGUAAAUUUCUUUUCUUUUCUUCCUUGUAACAUGUAUCUUUGAGGUGGGUCUCUAUGCACAAGAUGGAUAUUUUUGUUUCAA